AAGCCGCGCCCGUGUUACACGGGUUACAGGACAUUCGCGCGUGAACGCCGGUGAAUAACUUUUCCACGUUGAUGAAUGCAUCAGCUCCAGCCUCCAAAACUGCCAAUCAUCAUCAAUCCUACACUCUCGAGCGCGCGCGCAGGAGGGGACCCACCGAAUACAAGCUCCACCGUCCACCGACACAAAGAGAACAGAGAUCUUCUCCUCCUCCUGUAAUCGCCUCCAUUCACAAUCUCCUCCCCCACAUGCCUCUCCGAUCCUAGGGUUUUCAUCAAGAGAAGAAAAUGGCGAGGGCGAGCGGAAAACACGCCUCUCCCAGAUACAUCGUUCUCGCCUCCUGCCUAGGGCUUCUCGCAGUUGCCCUCAUUGCCGAUUUCCUCUGGUCUUAUUCUUCUUCCCAGUAUCUAUCCAUCACCUCAAACUGGUCAGCCGACGAAGCCGUCAAUCGCAUCAUCCCCAUGGUCGCUCCGGACGUCAAAGAAAAGACAGGACCUGCUAAAGAUAAUAAAGCAGCUAUCCCAAACAGAGUUAAUGCAACUUUUGCUGAUUUACCUGCGCCACAAUUGCACUGGGAGGAGAUGGCAGCGGCACCUGUACCUCGUCUAGAUGGAGCUGCAAUACAGAUUAAGAAUCUUCUAUAUGUCUUUGCUGGAUAUGGGACCAUUGAUUUUGUACAUUCUCAUGUUGAUAUUUAUAAUUUUACGGACAAUACCUGGGGUGGGAGGUUUGAUAUGCCAAAAGAAAUGGCACAUUCACAUUUAGGGAUGGUGACGGAUGGUAGAUACAUUUAUGUGGUCACAGGGCAAUAUGGCCCACAAUGCAGAGGGCCUACAGCUCGCACCUUUGUGUUGGACACACAGAAAAAACAGUGGCAUGACUUGCCCCCAUUGCCUGUCCCUAGAUAUGCCCCAGCAACCCAACUUUGGAGAGGCAGACUGCACGUGAUGGGUGGCAGCAAGGAGGAUCGCCAUGACCCUGCAUUGGAACAUUGGAGUCUUGCAGUAAAGAACGGUAAAGCAUUGGAGAAAGAGUGGCGAUCUGAAAUACCCAUUCCUCGUGGUGGCCCUCACAGGGCCUGUGUUGUGGUUGAUGACCGUCUUCUUGUUAUUGGAGGCCAAGAGGGUGAUUUUAUGGCCAAACCUGGAUCACCUAUUUUCAAGUGUUCUCGAAGGAGUGAGGUAGUUUAUAGUGAUGUUUACAUGCUGGAUGAUGAGAUGAAGUGGAAGCAAUUGCCACCCAUGCCAAAACCCGACUCCCAUAUAGAGUUCGCGUGGGUUAUUGUGAACAAUUCCAUCGUUAUUGUGGGUGGCACAACAGAAAAGCACCCUGUGACAAAAAAGAUGGUGCUGGUUGGAGAAGUGCUCCGGUUUCGUUUAGAUACAUUGGUAAAGGGACAAGUCUGACAAAGUUUUUAUGGGAAUAUGGUGCUCCGUUAAAGGUUGCGGCUUUUGCUUGGUUAGUGGGUCACGAUAAGGUACUCACAGUUGACAAUCUUUGUAAGAGGAAUUUCUGUCUUCCAAAUGUUUGCCUUCUUUGUUACCAAGACGCAGAAUCGGUGGAUCAUCUUUUCAUCCAUUGUUCUUUUGCGAGAGAAGUUUGGAAUGAUUUUUCCCAGCUUUUUGAAGUGGAAUGGGACUCUGUGCUCAAUAGAAUCUUUCCUUUUAUCUUGGCACUGUGGCGGAAACAGGAAGAGGGGGGCAACAAUCUGGAGGUUGAGUAUGCUAGUGGGAAUAUGGUGUCGUCAGCGAGAAAGGAACGAUCAGUGUUUCAGAAAUAGAAAAGGGUCAGCUGUAAUCGUUUUUAGUAGGGCCAAAUUCCACGUUAUGGAAUGGGCUUCGGCUUCAAAUGUUGUGAGCUAUUUCCAGUUUCUUGGUGGUGCUGUAAUUGUGCUAUGCAUUUUGUAUUUUUGUUUUUG